AUGACGAGGCAAUCUCUGGUGAUCCUAUGCUGCUACCUGUACACGCUCUUUGACAUGGCGGCGCUACAUUUUCCCGAGGAAAUAUGCGAACCGGUACUUUCCACUGAGGUCGAAGGCUGGCAUAUUAAGGUCGAUAGCCUAUCGUCCAGUACGUUUCGACUUUCGGCGAGAAAGCGUGGGUACCGAUUUUUUCCGAAGAUCGAAAGGGAGUCGGAUCUCGAGGAGUACGGCAGGAAGGAGGCCUCUUUGUCACUGAAAGACAUCCUACCCUUGAAUCCGAAGCAGUACGACAAGCACAGGGCGCCAAAGUUCUUGGGACAGCCUACUAUCGUCUACUUCCAUGUCACCGUGCUCAGUCUCGACUCCAUAAACGAGGAGUCUAUGACAUACGUUGCGGACAUAUUUCUGGCACAGAGUUGGCGGGAUUCGAGGCUUCGACUUCCGGAGAACAUGUCCGAAGAGUACAGAAUACUGGAUGUUGACUGGUUGCACAAUAUCUGGAGACCCGAUUGCUUCUUCAAGAACGCGAAGAAGGUCACCUUCCACGAGAUGUCGAUACCGAACCACUAUCUUUGGCUGUAUCACGACAAAACUCUACUUUAUAUGUCAAAAUUGACUCUCGUUCUCUCCUGCGCGAUGAAGUUCGAGUCCUAUCCACACGACACUCAGAUUUGCUCAAUGAUGAUCGAAAGUUUGUCGCAUACGACGCAGGAUUUGGUGUUCAUCUGGAACAUGACGGAUCCGCUGGUGGUAAAUCCAGAGAUCGAGCUGCCGCAGCUGGACAUCUCGAACAAUUACACGACCGACUGCACGAUCGAGUACUCCACCGGGAACUUCACGUGCAUUCAAAUAGUAUUCAAUCUGCGUCGCCGUCUAGGAUAUCACCUGUUUCAUACGUAUAUACCGUCCGCGCUGAUCGUGGUAUUCACGAGUUUCCCUCGUCAGCCUCGCUUCUCCUCGCUUCUGCUUUCUUCCAGGGAGUCGGAUCUCGAGGAGUACGGCAGGAAGGAGGCCUCUUUGUCACUGAAAGACAUCCUACCCUUGAAUCCGAAGCAGUACGACAAGCACAGGGCGCCAAAGUUCUUGGGACAGCCUACUAUCGUCUACUUCCAUGUCACCGUGCUCAGUCUCGACUCCAUAAACGAGGAGUCUAUGACAUACGUUGCGGACAUAUUUCUGGCACAGAGUUGGCGGGAUUCGAGGCUUCGACUUCCGGAGAACAUGUCCGAAGAGUACAGAAUACUGGAUGUUGACUGGUUGCACAAUAUCUGGAGACCCGAUUGCUUCUUCAAGAACGCGAAGAAGGUCACCUUCCACGAGAUGUCGAUACCGAACCACUAUCUUUGGCUGUAUCACGACAAAACUCUACUUUAUAUGUCAAAAUUGACUCUCGUUCUCUCCUGCGCGAUGAAGUUCGAGUCCUAUCCACACGACACUCAGAUUUGCUCAAUGAUGAUCGAAAGUUUGUCGCAUACGACGCAGGAUUUGGUGUUCAUCUGGAACAUGACGGAUCCGCUGGUGGUAAAUCCAGAGAUCGAGCUGCCGCAGCUGGACAUCUCGAACAAUUACACGACCGACUGCACGAUCGAGUACUCCACCGGGAACUUCACGUGCAUUCAAAUAGUAUUCAAUCUGCGUCGCCGUCUAGGAUAUCACCUGUUUCAUACGUAUAUACCGUCCGCGCUGAUCGUGGUCAUGUCCUGGAUCGCGUUCUGGAUCAAACCCGAAGCGAUCCCCGCUCGGGUCACGCUCGGAGUGACGUCACUGCUGACCCUCGCCACUCAGAACACGCAGUCCCAGCAAUCACUGCCACCGGUUUCCUACGUGAAGGCCAUCGACGUGUGGAUGUCCUCCUGCAGCGUGUUCGUCUUCCUAUCCCUGAUGGAGUUCGCCGUGGUCAACAACUACAUGGGCCCUGUGGCUACCAAGGCCAUGAAAGGAUAUUCCGACGAAGAUCUCAGGGAAGCCAUCGACGAAUUCAAAACGCCAAUGAGGAAUGAUUCCGAAAGAAGCAGGAGUCCAGUGAGACCUGCGACCGUUCAAUACGACACCUGCUGCCAGGGUCGGGCGACUGCGAUUUACAUCGACAAAGUCUCCAGAUUCUUCUUUCCGUUCUCUUUUCUCAUCCUGAACGUGGUUUAUUGGAGCACCUUUCUAUAAAAAGGUGCAGCUUCGUUCGACGAAAGGAACGGAAGUGGGAACGAGAAUCGAAAUCGUCGACGGUCAUCGAUCGAAGGGCUUCGCUCGAUCUUUGUUAACUGCUGCUCCAUAAAAUCUUGCUACAUCCACGGAAUUGCUUAAUCUCAUUUUGCCGCAAGAUUUACGACGUCACCGAGUAGCGAUUAACAAAGGCUCGAAUGAAUUGGACGGUUUUUCUACGAGAGAAAGUCUGCUAGAAAAAUUUUCAAUGCCUUUUAUAUAUAGAAAACGAGCACCGUGGAAUACGGUCGCACGUUAAUUUAAUUAAUUGUAAGCGUUUUAGAGAUUAAGUCGCGUUAGCACGUUCGAGACCUGGAGGUUAUUGUAAAAUAAUAUUCGCAGGGUAGAAUUGCUUUCUUUUGUACUUUUUCACUGCGACUAACACCGUGUAAUUACAAACCAUAAUUACUAUGAUAAAUGAGUAUAAACUAUGGUUAUGAGUCAUGGCUAUGACCGUAAUUGUUACCACAAAACGAUUAUUAGAAACCUCAACUACCAUGGUUUAACAGAAACACGAAUCAACCCUCUAUGGAGCUAUUAAUUCUAUGACGUCCAUUAGGAUCUUUGCUGAAAAAUGUAAAAAGCAGACAAUAAUCGACGUGUUGUCGGUCUCGAACGCGCUAAGACUCCACAAAGAAAAUGUAUAUUGAUUGAUUGAAUGUACUCACCUGAUCCGAAGACACGUAGAUUGACUUCUCAGCCGUAUCGCUGUAAUAUUUUGAAAAAAAGAAUCUGUCUAUUCAAUCGCAGAACACAGUUUUAUUCGUUAUAUGAGAUCGCAGAGUUUAAGGACAAAUAAAAGGAGUACUAUACCACGUUCA